AUGACCACAGAAGCAAAUGAUAACAGUUUAAAACAUCGUCAAAUACUGUUGGAAAUUUUCAAAUCAGUAGCAGACCAUUCUGCGCAGAGUAGUAGUAGUAGUAGUAGUAGUAGUAGUAGUAGUAGUAGUAGUAGUAGUAGUAGUAGUAGUAGUAGUAGUAGUAGUAGUAGUAGUAGUAGUAGUAGUAGUAGUAGUAGUAGUAGUAGUAGUAGUAGUAGUAGUAGUAGUAGUAGUAGUAGUAGUAGUAGUAGUAGUAGUAGUAGUAGUAGUAGUAGUAGUAGUAGUAGUAGUAGUAGUAGUAGUAGUAGUAGUAGUAGUAGUAGUAGUAGUAGUAGUAGUAGUAGUAGUAGUAGUAGUAGUAGUAGUAGUAGUAGUAGUAGUAGUAGUAGUAGUAGUAGUAGUAGUAGUAGUAGUAGUAGUAGUAGUAGUAGUAGUAGUAGUAGUAGUAGUAGUAGUAGUAGUAGUAGUAGUAGUAGUAGUAGUAGUAGUAGUAGUAGUAGUAGUAGUAGUAGUAGUAGUAGUAGUAGUAGUAGUAGUAGUAGUAGUAGUAGUAGUAGUAGUAGUAGUAGUAGUAGUAGUAGUAGUAGUAGUAGUAGUAGUAGUAGUAGUAGUAGUAGUAGUAGUAGUAGUAGUAGUAGUAGUAGUAGUAGUAGUAGUAGUAGUAGUAGUAGUAGUAGUAGUAGUAGUAGUAGUAGUAGUAGUAGUAGUAGUAGUAGUAGUAGUAGUAGUAGUAGUAGUAGUAGUAGUAGUAGUAGUAGUAGUAGUAGUAGUAGUAGUAGUAGUAGUAGUAGUAGUAGUAGUAGUAGUAGUAGUAGUAGUAGUAGUAGUAGUAGUAGUAGUAGUAGUAGUAGUAGUAGUAGUAGUAGUAGUAGUAGUAGUAGUAGUAGUAGUAGUAGUAGUAGUAGUAGUAGUAGUAGUAGUAGUAGUAGUAGUAGUAGUAGUAGUAGUAGUAGUAGUAGUAGUAGUAGUAGUAGUAGUAGUAGUAGUAGUAGUAGUAGUAGUAGUAGUAGUAGUAGUAGUAGUAGUAGUAGUAGUAGUAGUAGUAGUAGUAGUAGUAGUAGUAGUAGUAGUAGUAGUAGUAGUAGUAGUAGUAGUAGUAGUAGUAGUAGUAGUAGUAGUAGUAGUAGUAGUAGUAGUAGUAGUAGUAGUAGUAGUAGUAGUAGUAGUAGUAGUAGUAGUAGUAGUAGUAGUAGUAGUAGUAGUAGUAGUAGUAGUAGUAGUAGUAGUAGUAGUAGUAGUAGUAGUAGUAGUAGUAGUAGUAGUAGUAGUAGUAGUAGUAGUAGUAGUAGUAGUAGUAGUAGUAGUAGUAGUAGUAGUAGUAGUAGUAGUAGUAGUAGUAGUAGUAGUAGUAGUAGUAGUAGUAGUAGUAGUAGUAGUAGUAGUAGUAGUAGUAGUAGUAGUAGUAGUAGUAGUAGUAGUAGUAGUAGUAGUAGUAGUAGUAGUAGUAGUAGUAGUAGUAGUAGUAGUAGUAGUAGUAGUAGUAGUAGUAGUAGUAGUAGUAGUAGUAGUAGUAGUAGUAGUAGUAGUAGUAGUAGUAGUAGUAGUAGUAGUAGUAGUAGUAGUAGUAGUAGUAGUAGUAGUAGUAGUAGUAGUAGUAGUAGUAGUAGUAGUAGUAGUAGUAGUAGUAGUAGUAGUAGUAGUAGUAGUAGUAGUAGUAGUAGUAGUAGUAGUAGUAGUAGUAGUAGUAGUAGUAGUAGUAGUAGUAGUAGUAGUAGUAGUAGUAGUAGUAGUAGUAGUAGUAGUAGUAGUAGUAGUAGUAGUAGUAGUAGUAGUAGUAGUAGUAGUAGUAGUAGUAGUAGUAGUAGUAGUAGUAGUAGUAGUAGUAGUAGUAGUAGUAGUAGUAGUAGUAGUAGUAGUAGUAGUAGUAGUAGUAGUAGUAGUAGUAGUAGUAGUAGUAGUAGUAGUAGUAGUAGUAGUAGUAGUAGUAGUAGUAGUAGUAGUAGUAGUAGUAGUAGUAGUAGUAGUAGUAGUAGUAGUAGUAGUAGUAGUAGUAGUAGUAGUAGUAGUAGUAGUAGUAGUAGUAGUAGUAGUAGUAGUAGUAGUAGUAGUAGUAGUAGUAGUAGUAGUAGUAGUAGUAGUAGUAGUAGUAGUAGUAGUAGUAGUAGUAGUAGUAGUAGUAGUAGUAGUAGUAGUAGUAGUAGUAGUAGUAGUAGUAGUAGUAGUAGUAGUAGUAGUAGUAGUAGUAGUAGUAGUAGUAGUAGUAGUAGUAGUAGUAGUAGUAGUAGUAGUAGUAGUAGUAGUAGUAGUAGUAGUAGUAGUAGUAGUAGUAGUAGUAGUAGUAGUAGUAGUAGUAGUAGUAGUAGUAGUAGUAGUAGUAGUAGUAGUAGUAGUAGUAGUAGUAGUAGUAGUAGUAGUAGUAGUAGUAGUAGUAGUAGUAGUAGUAGUAGUAGUAGUAGUAGUAGUAGUAGUAGUAGUAGUAGUAGUAGUAGUAGUAGUAGUAGUAGUAGUAGUAGUAGUAGUAGUAGUAGUAGUAGUAGUAGUAGUAGUAGUAGUAGUAGUAGUAGUAGUAGUAGUAGUAGUAGUAGUAGUAGUAGUAGUAGUAGUAGUAGUAGUAGUAGUAGUAGUAGUAGUAGUAGUAGUAGUAGUAGUAGUAGUAGUAGUAGUAGUAGUAGUAGUAGUAGUAGUAGUAGUAGUAGUAGUAGUAGUAGUAGUAGUAGUAGUAGUAGUAGUAGUAGUAGUAGUAGUAGUAGUAGUAGUAGUAGUAGUAGUAGUAGUAGUAGUAGUAGUAGUAGUAGUAGUAGUAGUAGUAGUAGUAGUAGUAGUAGUAGUAGUAGUAGUAGUAGUAGUAGUAGUAGUAGUAGUAGUAGUAGUAGUAGUAGUAGUAGUAGUAGUAGUAGUAGUAGUAGUAGUAGUAGUAGUAGUAGUAGUAGUAGUAGUAGUAGUAGUAGUAGUAGUAGUAGUAGUAGUAGUAGUAGUAGUAGUAGUAGUAGUAGUAGUAGUAGUAGUAGUAGUAGUAGUAGUAGUAGUAGUAGUAGUAGUAGUAGUAGUAGUAGUAGUAGUAGUAGUAGUAGUAGUAGUAGUAGUAGUAGUAGUAGUAGUAGUAGUAGUAGUAGUAGUAGUAGUAGUAGUAGUAGUAGUAGUAGUAGUAGUAGUAGUAGUAGUAGUAGUAGUAGUAGUAGUAGUAGUAGUAGUAGUAGUAGUAGUAGUAGUAGUAGUAGUAGUAGUAGUAGUAGUAGUAGUAGUAGUAGUAGUAGUAGCAGUUUAAUUUUAAUUUUACCUAUGUGUAAUUCUUGGAUUGAUUAA